AUGUCAGACCAACAACAACAACAAGGGGCUCCACCUGUAUCCCUUGAGAAAUCAUCAAGGGAGGAACUUGCAGAGUUUAUAAAGAAACAGGCUGUGCAUAUUAAGAAGUUGGAAUCAGUGUAUCAGAGAUUGAAGAAGGAGAAUGGUGAUGCCACAGCAAAGAUUGCAAAUAUGGAGGAGGAGGCAGUACAUCAGAAACAGAUAAUGGGCACGAUGAUCAAGUCGCUCGAGGACAAGGUCAAGACCGCCGUGAUGGAGAGGGAGCGCAUUGAGGAGGAGCUGCACGCUCGCUUCCAAAUCGAGAAGAAGAUGUAUGUGGAGGAGCGUGCACGUCUACAACAAGCCAUCCAACAACAUGGUGAUAUAAUGCGCGCGGCUGCCGAGGAGCGUCAGCGAAUGAUGCAACAGGCCGACACGCAGCGUGAGUCGUUGCAGCGCGAGAUCAACGAGCUUCUCAACAAGGUGCAGGACUUGGAGAUACAGAACAACACAAGCAGUGUCGACGGCAGCAAUGACAACAGCAAGGAGGCCACGGACGAUCAGCAACAGGACCGUGGCAGCGACCCAUCACACGAACCAUCGGACGACCAGCAACAAGAUCAGGGCAGUGAUCCCACCACCAAGACAACCAGCUCGAACGCUGCACAUGUCGAAGAGGUCCAGCAACUCAGAUCAUCAAUAUUCCAGCUCCAACAAGAGAUUGAUCAACUGUGGAGCAAUGUCUCAAGUGCCAACGAUGAGCCAAGAGAGGAGAUCAGUCGUUUGACACAGGAGUUGAUAGAGAAGGGAGCAGCCUUCAAUGAUGUAGGUGAACAGCUACGCACAAGAGACGAUGAACUGAGGCGAACAAUGGAGGCACUCACAGGCAGAGAUAAUGAGAAAAAGAGAUUGAGUGAUGAUUUGGCAUCUGUACAGGAGUUGCUCAAGACAAAGGAUGCACAGUUACAACAGCUACAACAGACAAUGGAAGAGACAGAACGAGAAGUUGAGCGGGUGACUGGCGAGCUGGCCAAGCUGGCCCAGACGAUCAAGGCUAAGGACGACCAACUGUCGGCGCUCCAGACACAGCAACGCAGCCGCGAGGAGGAGGUCAACACAUUGCUGGCGACCAAGGUAUCGGCAAGCGAGCACCUGGAGGAGGAAGAGAAGAAGCUGAACGAGAAGGUACUCAAGCUCAAGAACCUGCUGGUGGUCGCACAGAAGCAUGUCUCAGAGCAGAAGAAACAGAUCGCCGACAAGAACACCGAGACAACUGCGUUGAACGACCGGAUCAAGGAGCUGGGCGACACGAUCAAUGAACUAAGCGCCAAGGUCAAGGAGCUGGAGGUGUGUCGCGACGAGAGCGAGUCCGUGGCCAAUGAGUUCCACGAGAUGAAACGCAACUAUGACUACAACCUGCAAAGGAUCAAGAUAUUGGACAGUCAGCUGGCCAGCACCAAUGCCAAUCUGAAACAGGCACAGGAUGAGUACAAUGACUAUCGCAUCAAGGUUCAUCACGCACUAAAGCAGAAGCAGGAGGUGCAGCAGGAUCACAUGGACGAGAUUGAUGUCAGUGCCGCUAUCGAGGAGGCACUGGCCAAGCAGCAGCAACAGUACGCAGAGGACAAACAGCAACUGGCCGCCAAGGUCGAGGAGUUAACUGGCGAGGUGGCACGAUUGACCGAUGAGCUGAGCGGGCUCCAGGAGCGAAUGGAUGGCGAACAAGCCGCACAUCAGAAACAGGUUGGCGCACUUCAGAAAGAGAGUCAGGCGCAUGUAGAUACGAUCGAGGACCUGAACACUCAGCUGGCAACACUGCGAGCAGCACCUGCCAACAGCAACAAAGAGGACCAGAUUGAUUAUGAGAAGGAGCUGAGGCAACGCGAUGAGAGGAUGAUUGAGUUGCAGUCACAGUUGAACUUCUUCAAGAGGAAUAGUAACUCAUUGAUGCGAGAGAAGGAUAGAUUGAUUGAGGAGCAAAAGCAUUCAAUUCAAAGUCUCAAAACAGAGGUGGAUAAACUAAGACCUAUCAAUCUCAAUGAAACAGAUGAUGAUCAUGCUCACAAUGAUAACAACCUUGUUGUUGGCAACAAUGGAGUCCAUGAUGGCAAUUCAGGAAUAAGUGGUGGUGGCGAUAGGACAUUGGAAUCCAAUUCAUCGACGUCAACUGGUGAGACAAGACAACUUGUCAAUCCAGAGGAGUUGGACUCCAAGUUCAGCAUCGAACAUCUCUUGCCAUCAUCAUCCAAUGUACUCCCGCCUCGUGAGGACACAUUCUCAUCACUGGAACUGCCUCAAUCACUACCUCUCGAAGUCGAGAGAAUACUAAAUGAAUAUGCAAGAUCCCAGGCAUCUCGAGACGAAGAGUUACGCAAGGCCAAUGCUCAAGCAAGUCUGUUGAAACAACUGUUGGCAGAGAGUGAGAAGAUGGAGCAGAAGCAUUUUGAACAGGAGAAGUUACUCAAGGAGGAGAUAAGGAAGCUUGAACGUUCCAGUUCCAGAGAGGGAUCAAACCUUGAAUAUGUUAAGAAUAUAUUGGUAAAGUUCUUGGAGAAGGAGGACGAGUCAUUGAUACCAGUGCUGUCGACUUUGAUGCAGUUUACACCAGAGGAGUUGAACAAGGUGAUGGAUGCCAGGAAGUCCAGCUCACUCUGGAACAUCACCUCGUCCUACCUAGGUGCAUUCCAUUCGAAAUAA